UGGUAUGGAUCAGAAAGAGUUCCAGUUCGGAAGCGUUUGCUGCGGAGAGGGAAUGAAUGGGCGCUGGGAGUCCACCUUCGAGGUGGGGACGGGAGGGCUGUAGCGAGAGGGCCUUAGCGUGUGAACGGCCGGGCUCGGGCCUCCUUUCCGCAGCAUGGAGGACGAUGCGCCGGUGAUCUACGGGCUGGAGUUCCAGGCACGUGCUUUAACACCUCAAACCGCAGAAACAGAUGCCAUUCGGUUUUUGGUUGGGACGCAGUCUCUUAAAUAUGAUAAUCAGAUCCACAUCAUAGAUUUUGAUGAUGAAAAUAACAUUAUAAAUAAAAACGUCCUCCUCCAUCAAGUGGGUGAAAUCUGGCACAUUAGUGCCAGUCCUGCAGAUAGAGGUGUGCUGGCAACCUGCUACAAUAAAACUUCAGACAGCAGAGUCCUGACAUGUGCGGCCGUGUGGAGGAUGCCGAAGGAAUUGGAAUCAAGCAGCCACGAGUCCCCGGACGAUUCAUCCAGCACUGCGCAGACCCUGGAGCUGCUCUGUCACCUUGACAACACAGCCCACGGCAACAUGGCCUGUGUCACAUGGGAGCCGAUGGGAGAUGGGAAGAGAAUAAUUUCACUGGCUGAUAACCACAUCCUGCUGUGGGAUUUACAGGAGAGCUCAAGCCAGGCUGUGCUGGCCAGCUCGGCAUCCCUGGAAGGGAAGGGACAGCUGAAAUUCACCUCGGGCCGGUGGAGCCCACAUCACAACUGCACGCAGGUGGCCACGGCGAGUGACACGACCCUGCGUGGGUGGGACACGCGGACCAUGAGCCAGAUAUACUGCAUCGAGAAUGCCCAUGGACAGCUGGUGCGGGACCUUGACUUCAAUCCCAAUAAACAGUACUACUUGGCCAGCUGCGGGGAUGACUGUAAGGUGAAGUUCUGGGACACCCGAAAUGUCACGGAACCCGUGAAGACCCUGGAGGAGCACUCCCACUGGGUGUGGAAUGUCCGCUACAACCACUCUCACGACCAGCUGGUCCUCACAGGCAGCAGUGACAGCAGGGUCAUCCUGUCCAACAUGGUAUCCAUCUCCUCGGAGCCCUUUGGCCACCUGGUGGACGAUGAGGAUGUCAGCGACCAGGAGGAGCACCAUCCUGAAGAGAAGAAUAAGGAGCCCCUGCAGGAUAAUGUCAUAGCGACCUACGAGGAGCACGAGGACAGUGUGUACGCCGUGGAGUGGUCCUCAGCGGAUCCCUGGCUCUUUGCCUCUCUGAGUUAUGACGGGCGACUGGUCAUCAACAGGGUCCCCAGGGCUCUGAAAUACCACAUACUGCUCUGAUGCGCUCGCUGGCCCUCCUGGCUUGUCCCCUUGGCAGAUUCUUGAAAACAUGCAGCUAUUUGGAGGUGAUUAGUGUUCUAAGUACACCCUGUCUGGGAGAACUGACCCUGCCUUGUUCCUGCUCGAGCAUGUGCACUGCUGACACCGGGGCAGGUGGACGCUGUGCAGGGGACCCCGUUCCAGGAGUCUGUGUCCUCCCGCCACUGCUCGGGCUCUGUUUUCUGUUUUAAGGCUGUUGGGAGUUUUACUUUUUAAAAAAAAUUCUGUUCCCACAAUAUUAUCUUUCUCUUUCCCUUGAGAUUAAAAAUGAAAUAAAAUAAGGCCGUA